AUGCCAUCCCCAUCACCCCAGACAUCGGGCCGCGGCGCAAAGGCCCGGAUCUGUAUCCAUUGCGGUCGGGCUUUUCGACGUACAGAACAUUUAGAGCGCCAUGUGCGCACCCACACCAAGGAGAAACCGUUCAUUUGUUUCUGUGGGGCGGCUUUUACUAGGCGCGAUCUGUUGAAGCGCCACACACGCAUCUCUCACCAGGAUGGCCUCGUUUCUCCAGAAUCUCAGUCCAGCUCUGUGACCAAGACGGGUCUCCAACCACCCCACCACCCUGCACCUGCAGCUGCACCCAUUUCGCCGCAAUAUGAUGCAUCGGUUCGCCCAGUAGGGUCUGUGUCGGAGCCUCCUGUUGUACACCAAUGGCCGGCUACACAACCUGAACAUGCCGUAUAUUUGGCACAGAACCAGCCUGGUAACAUAAUGCCUGCAGGGGCCGCUAAUCCUAGUCCAGUGCCAGACGGCCAUCCUGGCAUGCAUGAUCCGGCCAUGAUCCAAGCUGCUCAGUUGCUUAUUCCUGGCGAUUAUCAAGCUGCCCCAUUGCCUUAUUUGCCUGAGGACCUCAACCAUUUCCAGGAGUUCACUACUUUCUUAGACUCGAUCGGUCUGCCGGCCGAGUGGUUACCUAGUGAGGGAGAGGCGACCCAGCUUAAUGAGAUCGUCCUUGAAGAUCCUCAGAAGACGUCUCUUGUCUCCCAGGAACAACCAAAAUCUCGUCGCAGCCUAAGAGAGGAAUCGCGGGGAGACUCUCCUUUCCGAUCGUGGCUCCCAUCAGUGCCACGGGGCGACCAGAGCCUAGGAGCCCUCUCGGAUUCUGAACCCCCACAAGCGACUAAAUCCUCUCGAUUCAAUAUCUCGGAGGACCAGCGUUUCCGCCUCGCAGCCUCCCUUGAGGACUUCCGCAAUGUUAUUCCAGAGUUUACCCUUCCUUCACGCCAUACUUUGACCCGAUACAUUACAUCUUAUUUUGAGGGGUUUCACCCACAUAUUCCGUUCAUACACAUCCCAACCUUCCGUUUUAAUGAAUGUUCCCCGGAGCUGGCAUUAGCAAUGAUGACAAUUGGAGCACAGUAUCGAUUCGAGCAUCGCAAUGCCGAGCGGAUAUUCCAUGUCUCGAAAGCAAUCUUAUAUGAACGCAUGUCAAGAGAAUCUCGUAUCGCAUCGCAAGCAGCCUAUUCAGUUCCCAUGGGAGUCCCUCCCUAUACCGAUAAUCAAUCAGGUAAUAAUGGGGCAGCAAAUACAACUUCAAGGCAAAUGGAGGUCAUACGCUGUCUUCUUGUCCUUAUGAGUUAUGCUACCUGGGAACGAGCUGGACUGGUACAGGAGGCCUUCCAGCUACAGGGACAACUUGUACAACACUUGCGCGAUAUUGGAUUGUCAGAGCAACACUCGGAUUCUCGCGCUCAGUCUUUGGAUUGGUAUGAAUGGGCUGAUCAGGAAUCCAUUCGACGGACAAAGCUCAUUUCUUUUUGCUUCAUUCAUAUCCACAGCGUUGCUUAUAAUGUUUAUCCGUCACUUCGCAGCAGCGAAAUGCAUUUGCGACUUCCUUGCUCAACACGAGAAUGGACCGCAAACAGUGCUUCUGAGUGGGAAGCUGCUCAGCGAGACAGAGGCCCCCAACAGUUAUUCUUUCAGGAUGCCCUGACCCUGUUGCUACAGAAAUCACGGUCAGCGACACCAGUGGAGCCGAUACCAGCUCCUUUGGGCAAUUAUAUUCUACUUCACGGUCUGCUCCAGCGAAUCCAUAUAGUCAGUGAGCUUUCGUUGCCAAAUGGGAACCACUCAACAAGCCUACCGACCGAAGAACUUAACAAAAUAGAGCGAGCUCUGCGCUCUUGGACUACCGUUUGGCAACAAGCCCCAGAGUCAAGUCUCGAUCCACAUAAUGCCAACGGGCCAAUACCGUUCACCUCGAGCGCCCUUUUAGGACUUGCCCAUGUACGACUAUCCCUGAACCUAGGCCCAUAUCGCCGCCUGGAUACCCGAGACCCGGCAAUGAUCGCGUCUUCACUUUGCCGAUCAUCCAAGCCUGAAAGAAGCUACCGCCUCAUUCCAGCGCUUAUCUAUGCGGCACAUGCUCUUAGCAUACCCGUCCGGCUUGGUAUCGACCAUAUUGCGCGCAGUCAGGCAUUCUUCUGGAGUGUACGCCAUUCACUCGCCAGCUUUGAAUGUGCGGUCUUGUUAAGCAAGUGGUUGUUCACACUCGCAGAGGCCAGUCCAGACCAGGCACUAAGCGAAAACGAAAGCCGUAUUCUCCGUUGGACGCGGUACAUUGUCGAAGAAGCAUACUCAUCCAUCGAUAUUGAAGACGAAUCUGAGACACCGCCAAAUCUUGAGCCCGCUGCUCUAGGAAUGGCGGUUCUCAGGUUAUGGGCGAGACUGUUCAAGCAUAAUACCCAGUGGCCGUUUAUCAACUGCCUUGGACAGAGCUUGGAGCAGUAUAUGGCCAUGAUCUAA